GGUAAAGGCAGACAGAAACUGCGAGAUCUUCAUCCGAUGAUCUGGCAGUAAAAACCCCUCAGCCCUCCCGGAGUCAUUUGCAUUAACCAUGUAACAGAAAAACAAUGUCCCAAAGUAAACGACAGCUCGCGGCGAACGCGGUCACGCUCCGUGCGGAAGCGUUGCUGAAGCUGUUCGCGGGCAAGAAAGGCCCGCCUAUCAACAGCACCUUCACGUGGAGCAGGAUCGCGCCGCACUUGAAUUCCAGGGCGGUAUGUGGCGUCAUAUCGACGGAGGAAGCGCAGAAAAUUGUGGAAGCGCUCGCCCACAGCGUGGACUCCGGCGUGGUGUCGCGGGACGAGGAGGCGUUGGAGUUUCCGCAGAGCUCCUGCGAGGAAGCUGCAUGGCGGCGAGAAAUGUCAAAUCAGGGAGAACCAGAUGAAAUAGAAAUGGCACCCCUCCAUCACAACCGACGCUUUAGUCCAAAACUGACGGAGCUCCGGCAUCUUCUCGACUUGCGUCCGUUGCUCGAGACGGCACUGGCAUCCGGGAGAGCAGCGAUCGAAGCCGCCCAAGGAGGUGCUUAUUGCGACCAACAUCUAGCGCUGCACAGCAACGCUCUGCCGAUCUCAAAUUCAUUCGCCUCCCCGCAGCAACUCGCCGAUCUGUGCACGGCACUCACCGCGUUGGCGCGAAGUGGGAUGGUGGGAACCUCGAAGAUUUUUUCCGAACAAAAUCAAAAAGUUGGUCUGGAUGAAGGAGUGGAUCUUCUAUCGCCUUUUCUGACAGAAGCCAUCCCAAGAUAUGUGGCCACGCACGCUACUUCGUUUUCGCUACCACAGUUCCGACGGGUUUUGGAGCUGUAUUUUUGGGUCCCGAACCUUCGGACUGGUAGACCAGGGCAGCGUCAAAAGGACCUCCUGGCGGACGGCGCCAAGAACUCCUUCGCUUUCGCGUCAUAUCUAGCGACUGGCGGAAGUGCUUGCAACAGUGAAAUAAAGGAUGACUCGCCGGGGGCGGACCUCCUUCAUUUGCGACAGAUGUGCGUGCGGGUUCUGCAAAUCGCCAAGGCUGCGAGUAGUUGUGCGGCACCUGGCAGGACAGUGGCGGCUUCUUCUGUACAAGAAACACACUUCGCUUCAAUCGUGCGGAGUUUCGCGUUUCUCGGGUACGUGCGGGGAGCAAUGGAAAUCUUACAGGAAGUGUUGCACGUGGUACCUCCUGCGCAGAAUAGUGCGGCUACAAAAAGCGGAGGCUCACUUGGAAGAACAAGAAGUGAAUUUCAGGACAACGCUUCUGGAAUUAUAUCGACGGCACAACAUAUAGAUAGACUCAAGCCACUUCCAUUCACCGCGUGGGUGUAUGUGCUGGAGGCGGAGUUGCUAUUGAAAAACGCGUACGACGCACAACAGAAGCUCGCGUUUCGUCGAAAAUUUCCCUGCGAAUCCUCCGGGAGUGCUUUUCUUCCGUCGAGCCUGCUAUCACGUCCUGCCCCCGCUAUUUCCGCGUCGGAGACCCUACUUACGCCUCCGAAUAACAAGUCCCAGCGGGAGUUUCGGCAUGAGUUGGCGAAGCAGAGAAAAUGGCUCGCUCGAUACGAAGAGAAAGUCCCGGGUCCGGAUUUUUUGACUAGUCUUGCCCUAUUACAACAGCAGAUUUUGGACACGGGGAGGGAAGCUAUGCUUUUGGAAAGCCAGUUUUUCAAGAAAUGGACCAGACUGCUGGUUCUGAUGGUGAAAUUGGCAACGCGAACCUCUUUGAAAAGUUGCACACCAGUUUCGACGACGUCAUUCCAGCCGCAGCCACAUGUUCCCCAGAGGCCUCGUGAAGAAGCUGAAAAUUAUGUUGACAGCCACAGCGCAACAACUUCUACAGCAGGAGCGCCGGCCACCUUCCUCUGCUUCCGCGAGCUCGCAGGGGAGUCCGUGAAAAGGUUGGCACAAACGCCGAAGCUCGCGUUGCUCUGUCUCCGCCACGCAGAUUUGGAUCUGCCGAAGCGGCUGUGGCUAGUGGAAGAGUGUGUGCGGAAAAAGGCUCUGAAGUUACGGGUCGGGGAACUAAUCUUGUUUUGCGAAGCGGCAGACCGGAUUCUGGAGGAGAUUGCCGCGUUCUUCGAAAGCGAAAAAAGACAAGGAGGACUUCAUCUAGGGGGGUUGAAAAUGUUAAACACCACCGCAGUAGAUGUUGAUACUGCUGCCGCAUCAUGGUCCUGCUCAUCGCCCGUAGUUCUUUCUUUGGCAGGAGAUGAACCUAGAAAUAACCUGCCUCAACUCGAUGCGGAUCAUCAACUUGUCGCACAAGAAGGGAGUCGUGAAUUAUGCGAUCUCCACCAGUACAGCUACAGGGACAAAACCGACGGAAAAAUCCAGGCGUUGCUGUUUCACCGCUUGCGGGCGCUGGUGGACGAGCUGGCUGCGGUGUACGCGACGAGGGAAGAGAUCGUGCUGGAGAAGACGCAGCAAUCGCAGUUGAACGGAUUUUUCAACAAAUGGCUCCUGGAAAAACCGUUUUUCCGGCAGGAAAGGGGAGGUCCUGUUCGAGCAAAUGAUCUCGUCGAAAUAGACACAAGUGCAGAACCAUUUUUUCCGUUGUCGUCGCCGCUGAUGUAGUCAGUUCUCUUGGGGACAGGAAAUUUCAGCGACCGGCGCACACAGUCCAUGCUCAUAGAUCGGGCAUCACUUCGAAGAAUGAGUGGGCCCGACGUCUAGUUUCUUGUUACCACCUCCGAGCCACAAUUGAAUUUCUAGUACUUGUACGUCGGAGUAGAAGUUGUACUCAUGCUUUCGCGAAGAUUUAAUGGCCCCACCGAGUUGGGUCUCUUGGUGACCACUGCUUCACUGGCAUCGUAUUUGUUUGAGUGCAGUGCUGGCCUGCUCGACAUGGUGGCAAUACUUACUUGAAAUUUGCAAAUUUUGCCGCGCCGUGGUCGCUCUAGGGAGAUGAAAAGUGUGAU